CGAACAUUCGAAGUUUCCUAUCCCAAUAUGCGGAAUCGUUCCAAAAUCAGCAAGCACAAUGAAUCCGACGGCUGUAAAUCCCUGAAAACUCCGCAUUUAUUGUGUUUUCCCUGUAAAGCAUCAUUCUUUUUUAUUUGAACUGAAAAAAGCAUCAUUCCAGUAUCUAAAACAGCACCUUCCUUCCUCCUGUUCUUUCUCUUUCUUAUUAUAACAGAAAAAACCAACCCAUUUCCUCCAUACUUGUACUGUCUAAGCUCCAUUUUCUGAAGAAGAAAAAAAAGGGUCUUAAAUGGUGUCAAACCUUGAAUUGCUCUUUAAUCCUGAAAAAUUGUCUUAAAGGGUGUCCAAAUCUUGAGUUUUUCUUAAAAUUGUGUUGAACAAGUACCCUUUUUCAUCCAUACUUGUACUGUCUUAGCUUCAUUUUCUGAAGAAGAAGAAAAAAGAUUUUAAAUGGUGUCCAAAACUUGAUCUUUCUCCCCAUUUCCUUCAUACUUGAGUUGUCUAGCUCUGUAAUCUUCAUUUUUCUGGAAAAGGGUGUCCAAAUCUUGUUCUUUUUCUUAAAAUUUGUUGAACCAGUACCCUAGUUUCUUCCUACUUGUGUUUUCUAGCUCUGUAAUCUCCAUUUUUUUUCUGGAAAAGGGGUCUUAAAGGGUGUCCAAAGCUUGGAUUUUUCUUAAAAUUUGUUACUAAAACUUAUUGUUAUUUUAACUUUACUUAACUUCUUUUGAUGCUUUCCUGGAUAUAGAAAGUUACCAACCCCAUUUAUUCUCUGGGUAUCUACCAUUCAUCUUCUUGAAAAAAGGGUCUUAAAGGGUGUCCAAAUCUUGGAUUUUCUUAAAAUUCUUUUGUGUUCUUGUGACCUUCCACCCCUUCGUUUGAUCUUUGCUAGAAAACCCAAUUUCAGGUAAAAGUGUGGUUGAAAGUUACUUUUUUUUCUUCUCUCUGUCCUUGUACUGGUUUGUAUUUGACUCUUUUUUUAGACCAUUACAGAUUUGUUAGGAUUUGUGAAAAAAAGAGUUUAGAAUAUGGUGAGUAAAGUGACUUCCCCUGGGAAAUCUAUACACACAGUGUUGGAGAGAGUUGGGGUUUAUGGGUUGGUUGGAGGUAGCAGCCGGAAGAGAUUAAAGUGUGAUCUUCAAGAUGAAGAAGAUGACACCAUGGAAAUGGUGCAAAUUGGUGCUGAAAGGACUAAAAAUGUGCUUAUUUUGAUGAGUGAUACUGGUGGUGGACAUAGGGCUUCAGCUGAGGCAAUUCGAGAUGCUUUCAAGUUAGAAUUUGGGGAUGAAUAUAGAAUUUUUGUCAAGGAUGUUUGGAAGGAAUACACUGGCUGGCCAUUGAACAACAUGGAGCAACAAUACAAGUUCAUGGUUAAACAUGUUGGCCUUUGGAGUGUCGCAUUUCAUGGCACGUCGCCUCGUUGGAUACACUCUGUCUAUCUUGCUGCUAUUGCCGCCUUCUAUGCUAAAGAGGUAGAAGCUGGCCUGAUGGAGUACAAGCCAGACAUAAUCAUUAGUGUUCAUCCUCUUAUGCAGCACAUUCCUUUAUGGGUUCUUAAAUGGCAAGGCCUACAGAAAAAAGUUAUUUUUGUGACAGUCAUUACGGAUCUCAACACUUGCCAUCGGACAUGGUUUCAUCCAGGAGUCAAUCGUUUGUACUGCCCCUCCAAGGAGGUAGCAAAGAGGGCCUCACUAGAUCGCUUGGAAGAAUCUCAAAUACGUGUUUUUGGGUUGCCCAUCCGUCCUUCUUUUUGCCGUGCAGUUCUUUCCAAGGAUGACCUUAGAGUAGAACUUGAGAUGGAUCCCACAUUGCCAGCGGUUUUGCUGAUGGGUGGCGGUGAAGGGAUGGGUCCUGUGAAGAAAACUGCAAAGGCUCUUGGAGAAGCACUCUUCGAUAAGAAUCUUGGCAAACCUAUUGGUCAAAUGAUUGUCAUAUGUGGACGCAAUGAAGCCUUAGCAUCCACAUUACGAUCACUCGAAUGGAACAUCCCCGUUCAGAUCAAGGGAUUUCAGAAACAGAUGGAGAAAUGGAUGGGUGCUUGUGAUUGUAUGAUCACAAAGGCUGGACCUGGUACAAUUGCAGAAGCAUUAAUCAGGGGGCUUCCCAUUAUUCUGAACGACUACAUUCCCGGACAAGAGAAGGGAAAUGUUCCAUUCGUAGUCGACAACGGAGCUGGUGUUUUCACGCGACGCCCCAAGGAAACAGCUCGUAUCGUUGCUGAAUGGUUUUCCACCAAAAGCGAUGAACUGAAAAGGAAGUCAGAGAACGCGCUGAAACUUGCUCAACCUAAUGCUGUCUUUGAUAUUGUGAAAGAUAUACAUGAACUGGCAUGCCAGAGAGGUCCUCUUGCCAACAUUCCUUAUAUAUUGACAUCUUCAUUUUCAAGCCUAAUUUAGCAUAAUAGAUUGAAGUUGGUUUGUUGUUAGUUGCAUAUUAUGUAGAGAAUAGUAGGUUCAAUUGAUCAAUCUCAUUCUUUAGCCUUUAAGGCUUUGGUGAUCCUUUGUUAAAUAUAAUAAUGGAGGAUUGCCAAGAAAAAGGAAGAAAAAGAAAAGUGAAACUGCAUUUUUCUUGGAGUUUUUUGUGGAAAUAGAGUAGUAUGAUUAUGAUUUUUGACUCUAUUUUCAUGUUUCUUUUUGUUGUAUAUAUUUUUUUGUGGCUCGAUUUUAUUAUUACAUGUUGUUUCAUUUGCUUUGGUCAUCA